AGGGGCAGGCAACCUUGUCUCUGCCUCCAGCUCCCUCACUGCUGCCUGGCUGCCUCCCUAGACAGAGGCAGUUCAGCAGGCAGGGUGGGGUCAGAGCUGAGGCCCCGUGGUUCUGAGGGGGGCCUGCUUUGAGGUCUCAGGGGGCGCUGCUAGGACACACAUGAACAGCUGAUGAAGCUUCUCACCGGCCUCAUUUUCUGCUCCCUGGUCCUGGGAGUCAGCAGUAGAAGUUGGCUUGAUUUUAUUAGCGAGGCUUACCAUGGGGCUGGGGACAUGUGGCGAGCCUACACUGACAUGAGGGAAGCCAACUGGAAAAACUCAGACAAAUACUUCCAUGCUCGGGGAAACUAUGAUGCUGCCAAAAGGGGUCCUGGGGGAGUCUGGGUCGCUGAAUUCCUCAGGUACCUCAGGUUGCUGGGACUCGGGGUGGGUGGCAGGCAUGACUGUCCUGGGAAAAGCAGUGGAAGAUGAGCUCUGGAGAAACCAUGCUCAUGUGAGGCCCCCCUGGGCUGUGGGCAGAGUCGGCACACAGCCAUGCAAUGGGAGCCUGUUCCCAAAUGCAGACACGGAGUGACUGUCAGCCCUGUGUUCUGGUGGUGCUAAUCUAGUGUGGAGUGACAGCUGGGCUGAGCAGGGCCUCAGCUCCUCCCUCCUGGCCCUUCCUGGUUUCCUCCUGAAACCACGCCAUGCAAAGGGGAAAGCAGGGAGGGCAGACUGUUGACACAGCUUGCUGACCCAUCUGCUCCUUGUCUGCUCCUCCUAGUGACACAAGAGAAAACUUUCAGAGUUUCAUAGGCCGUGGACACGAGGACUCCGAGGCUGACCAGGAAGCCAACAGAUGGGGCCGCAGUGGCAAGGAUCCCAAUCACUUC